AAGACGAGGUGGGUGGGCUGUUUCAUCAUUCCAGGUCAACAAUCUUCCCGAUAGAGUAUUCGACUAUUACACUAGGUACAGAAGAAAAUCAUGGAAGGUCCUGGAUAUCUCGCUGUCGCCAUCCAGCCCGGCAAGGACACCGACGAGACCGCUUUUCACGAGUGGUACAACACCGAGCAUGGGCCAUUGCGUCUUCGACUGCCUUUCAUCGAGACGGGAGACCGCUAUACAGCUGCAGAUGGUCAGAGACCAGAGUGGUCUGCCGUGUACGACGUAUCCGACCUGACGUGGAUCAACAAGCGAAUCUACAGCCGACUCCGAGAGGAGCGAUCCAAACGGGAGAAGGCUGUGAUGAGCACGUUUGAAUCGCUGGACCGCAAAAUCUACAGUCUCGUUUCCACUCGCGGAGAAUCCAAGGGGCCAGCUGGGGCUACUGUCGCCUUUUCAGCGAGACUGAACGAAUCUGACGUGGACGAGUUUGACAGAUGGUAUGAAGAGGAGCACAUCGACAUGGUCUCCAAAGCCCCCGGAUGGAUGCGUACGAGACGGUUCAAGAUGCUCGUGGGUGGGAUCAAUGGAAUGCCACCUGCUGGUCAAGUUGAGCUUCUCGCAGUUCACGACUUCAAGCAGCCUCCCGAUCUGACCGGACCCGAGUUCAAGGCUGCGGGCGCUACUCCAUGGCGAGCCCAAAUUAUUCCCAAACUCCACUGGAAGGAGCUUCGAGUUUGGAGUCACCACUUGACAUUCGAUGCUCUGGAAGAGCCGCCAUCCACCGUCAUCACCACCGACGGCGCAGAGCUGAAGUACCAAAUCGAAGGCAACCCCUCCGAUCCCGUGAUUGUGUGCGUCAACUCCAUCAUGACCAAUCUGCACAUCUGGGACGAAGUCGCACAGUCAUUAAUGAAUGGUCUCAAUGGCAAAACCUAUCGCGUACUCCGCUACAAUUCUCGCGGAUAUUCCCAACAAGCGUCCAAAUCCAACGACACCACCUUUGACCUCCUCGCAGACGAUCUCGAAUAUCUCCUCCAGCGUCUCGACAUCGACAAAGUCCACGCCGUCAUCGGCGUCAGCAUGGGAGGUGUCACAUCCAUCAACUUCGCCAUCCGCCACCCCGACAUGCUGGAGAAAUAUGUCGCGUGCGACUGCAACGUCGCCUCGAGUCCCGCCAACAGCCAAGCCUGGGCCGAGCGCGUCUCCCUCGCGCAAUCCCAAGGAAUGUCCGAACUCGCGCAAAUCACCGUCUCGAGAUGGUUUACGCCCUCCAACAACAAGUCUUCCAACGCGGCAAAAGUGCUCCCCAUGGCAGCAAAUUCGCAUUUGGAAGGUUUUCGUCUCAAUUCUCUCGCGUUGAGUAAUUAUGAUUUGAAACCCAAGUUGCAAGGAAUUACUACUCCGGGCUUGUUGAUUGCGGGAGAGGGCGAUGGGAAAAUUCCAGAGGCGAUGCAGAAGUUUGGGAUUCCGAAGAGUUGUUAUAAGGAAAUUUCAAAGGCGGGUCAUUUGCCGUUUUUGGAGAAUUUCGACGAGUUUAUGGAGGCUCUUAAGGGGUUUUUGUAGGUGAAAAGUGAGGAGGGAGUCUCUGUCCCUAGUUAUGAUGUAUAGGAGAGAGCACUACUAGAUAUAUAUGUACAUGUAAGGUAGUCAGUACCCUCGAGCAGACACGAC